AUGUCGCUCCAGUCGAAACUCGCUAGCUUCAAGCAAGAGCGCGCAGACGCAGCUUCUCGCAAUAUCGGUCACUCGCGCCCAGCACCAAACGCACCCGCGCGCACUUCCACACCGCAAGCCGACGCUGGAACCAAACGAGACCGCGAUGCUGCUUUCUCAAGUGCCCCUGCUCCCACAGCGCCCAGCAUGUCGAUGGGUGGCGCCGGUCGGGAGAUCCUCACGAACGUCAAAUUUGCGAUCGACUACCUCAAAUCGAAGAGCCCGCAGGCUCUCCCCUUCGAGGAGAUCAUCCGUCACCUCUCGCUCCCCAACGAUGCCGGCGCCAAUGUCGAGAAUAAUAUACGCAAAGGCUUGGAGGGUCAUGAGCAAGUGACCUUCAUCCCAAAGGGCCCACGGGGCGCUGCAAAGGAUACCUUCAAAUACCGUCCCAAGCAUCCGGUCACCAACUCGGAAGAGUUGAAGGACUAUCUCGCGCGCCAAUCCAGCGCGCGCGGCAUCAUGGUGAAGGAGCUGAAGGACGGCUGGCCAAAUUGUCUGACUGCCAUUGACAAGCUCGAGGAGGAAGGUGCUGUGUUGGUCAUUCGCAAUGUGAGUAGCGAGAAUGGUUUGAAGCCAGAACAUGCCGUAUCUAACGUCUCGCAGAAGAAGGACAACACGCCGAAGACGGUAUUCGCAGACUCGCCGGGUUAUCAUCUUCAAAUUGAUCAGGACUUCAAAGACUUCUGGGCCAAGACCAAGCUUCCAGCGUCCGAAGGAGAAGUGCGCGCGGAGCUGGACAAGGCUGGUAUCACACCAACGAGUCAGGUCAAGGAGAUGAAGAAGAACGACGGCAGGAGGAGGGAGCGCAAGAAGCCCAAUCGACGAGGUGGCAAGCUUACCAACUCGCACAUGACGGGCAUCCUGAAAGAGUAUGCCCGAAAGUAG